AUGUGCCACGAGGCAUUUGGAGGACAGCUCUCCGUCUCCCUCCCCCCCUCCCUCGCUCCCUACCUCCCCCGCACCCUGCUGGGCGCCUCGGAGCUGCUGCGCGCCGGGAGGAUGUCUCGGAGUCGUCGCAGGGACUCGCCGCCACCGUCGCCGCCUCCUCCACCGCUGCUGGGAGUGCGCAGAGUGGGCGAGAUGGAGCACGAGGAGGACGACCGGCCGGAGCGCGCGGAGCCGCUGACCGACGCGGAGCGGGAGAUCAUCCAGGACACGUGGGGGCGCGUGUACGAGAACUGCGAGGACGUGGGCGUGUCUGUGCUCAUAAGGUUCUUCGUGAACUUCCCGUCGGCCAAGCAGUACUUCAGCCAGUUCCAGGACAUGGAGGACCCGGAGGAGAUGGAGAGGAGCUCCCAGCUGAGGCACCACGCCCGCCGGGUGAUGAACGCCAUCAACACCGUGGUGGAGAACCUCCACGACCCGGAGAAGGUGUCUGCUGUGCUGGGUCUGGUAGGCAAGGCCCAUGCCCUCAAACACAAGGUGGAGCCCAUGUACUUCAAGAUCCUCAGUGGGGUGAUGUUGGAGGUUCUGUCAGAGGACUUCCCUGAGUAUUUCCCCGUCGAGGUGCAGGAGGUCUGGAGCAAGCUGAUGGGGGCGCUGUACUGGCACGUGACGGGCGCCUACACUGAGGUGGGCUGGGUCCAGGUGUCCAGCUCCGCAGUCUGA